GAAGAAACAUCCAACGAACCAACCAACCAACCAACCAACCUGGUUCUGUGUCUUAUUAAUAUUAUCUCUUUAUUCAUAGUUCAAUUCAAAGUUCAAACGGUCUUUGGGAGUAUCUUCUACGAAAAUAGCACCACAACUUCUUUCUCUCUCUUUGGCGCAGUUACUCUAAUUGUGCGUGACGCUCACGCUUGCAUCAGAACCAACUACACAUAUAUAAAUAGAGCGCGCGCCAGGAAGAGCCAGCGCAACACAAACUUGAAACCAUACACAGAAAAAACUAAGACCACACAAGAACACUCUCAGUGACACACUGUGUGAACCCUAGCGAAUGGAGGCGAAGGUGAACGGACCCAGCAAGGAGCCUUCGAAUGGCGCCAUAGAUGGACCUACCAACCCCAUGGUCACGCCUCUGCUCAACGAUCUCUACCAAUUCACCAUGGCUUAUGCUUACUGGAAAGCUGGCAAGCAUCAAGAACGUGCUGUGUUCGAUUUGUAUUUUCGGAAGAAUCCCUUUGGUGGGGAGUAUACUGUCUUCGCUGGUUUGGAAGAAUGCAUAAGGUUCAUUGCAAAUUUCAGGCUCACUGAGGAAGAGAUCAAUUUUGUUAAGGAAAGUUUAUCUACUUCUUGUGAGGAUGGAUUCUUUGACUAUCUUAGAAGUAUUGACUGCUCUGAUGUUGAGGUAUAUGCUAUCCCUGAGGGAUCAGUCGUUUUUCCUAAGAUUCCCCUGAUGAGAGUUGAAGGUCCAAUUGCAGUUGUUCAAUUGCUGGAAACACCUUUUGUGAAUCUAAUUAAUUAUGCAUCAUUAGUUUCUACUAAUGCUGCAAGGCAUCGUAAUGUUGCUGGAAAGUCCAAAACACUACUUGAAUUUGGAUUACGAAGGGCUCAGGGGCCUGAUGGUGGAGUAGGAGCAUCAAAGUACUGCUAUAUUGGUGGAUUUGAUGCAACAAGCAAUGUUGCAGCAGGAAAGUUAUUUGGGAUACCUCUCCGCGGUACUCACUCCCAUGCCUUCGUUAGCUCAUACAUGAGCCUUGACGAGAUUACAGACAAGUCACUUCGCAGAAAAGAUGGUUCAAGUACCUGUGAUGAUUUUGUUAGUCUGGUUCAAAUAUGGCUUAGCAAAAUUCAGUUGUCAAAUGGUGUUUUUGUUGAGACCAAUCAAAGUGAGUUGGCAGCAUUCACAUCGUAUGCAUUGGCAUUUCCAGAUGGAUUUCUUGCCCUUGUAGAUACAUAUGAUGUUAUAAGAAGUGGAAUACCUAACUUCUGUGCAGUUGCAUUAGCUCUCGGUGAUUUAGGCCUCAAAGAAUCAUGCAAUUUCCAUUCAUUGUUGAGCUUGCAUGAUGUCAUGUGCAGAUACAGAGCAGUUGGCAUUAGAUUGGACUCUGGUGACCUUGCAUAUUUAUCUUGUGAGGUCAGGAAGUUCUUUCGCUCUAUUGAAAAGGAAUUUGGAGUGCCUGACUUUGGGAAGUUGUCAAUCACUGCUAGUAAUGACCUUAAUGAGGAAACACUAGAUGCUUUAAACAAACAGGGUCAUGAGGUUGAUGCCUUUGGAAUUGGUACAAAUCUAGUUACGUGUUAUGCUCAAGCUGCUCUGGGGGUUGUUUUCAAGCUGGUUGAGAUAAAUAAUCAACCUCGCAUUAAACUUUCUGAAGAUGUGUCAAAGGUCUCUAUUCCAUGUAAGAAGCGAUCCUAUAGGCUGUAUGGGAAAGAAGGUUAUCCCUUGGUAGACAUAAUGACUGGAGAAAAUGAGCCCUCUCCAAAGGUGGGAGAAAGAAUACUGUGUCGCCAUCCAUUCCAAGAAUCCAAGAGGGCAUACGUGGUGCCACAGCAUGUUGAGGAGCUUCUGAGGUGUUAUUGGCCUGGGAGUUCAGAUAAAAAGACAGAAACUUUACCACCGCUAAGAGAUAUUAGAGAGCGAUGCAUUAAGCAACUUGAGCAAAUGCGACCUGAUCACAUGAGGAGACUUAACCCAACUCCAUAUAAGGUUAGUGUUAGUGCAAAAUUAUAUGACUUCAUUCAUUUCCUGUGGCUCAACGAGGCACCAGUUGGGGAGCUGCAGUAAAUAAUAAGGAAAAUAAAAUGGCAUGCCUUGAGAACCCAAUGGGUAUGGCAAGAAAGAUUUCAAUAGAAAUUUCUUUCAUACAGUAUAGAUGUAUUCAAUAUGUUUUGACUGUUUUCAUUUGAUUCUGUAUAUUUUUGUUAAGAGGAACCAUUAUUCUUUCAAGUCUAUGCGCGAAUAAUCCACCCUUGCCCUCGAUCACAUUGCUGUCCAAUCUUAUGAUUAUAGAGCUGAACUUCGUACGUGUAUUCAACAGAUGUAUCAAUAUGAAUGCUUUCUUGAAGGCGUAGUAGUUGAAGGCAUUUUGUACUGAAUUUAAGUACUUAAACAACUAAUGAAUCAUGUAUACAUUAAAGUAGUUCAUAAAAAUCAAUAAAGAAUUUUUUGACAUAUGG